AUGCAUCCCAAGCCCCAGAUCAUUUAUCUUUCGCAAAUCUUCUUUGUCGUCGGACCUGCCUUUAUUCUAUACGGUUAUAACCAGGCCGGGCUCUCGGCCCUACUAGACCUCCCUGAUGUCGUCCGUUACUUUCCCCAGGUCGACACUAUCAACACCACAGGGGCUGAGAAGGUACGAAACUCAACCAUAAAAGGGUUGGUCAAUGCUUGCUUGCAACUAGGGGCCCUUGUGGGUGCUCUGUCCUGCUCGGUAAUUGGAGACUCUCUAGGCCGCCGAAAGAGCAUCUUCAUUGCAGGUUUGCUCGCACUGGUUGGUCAAAUCCUUCAGUGCUCAGCGUUCUCUCUGGCACAUUUUAUCGUUGGACGGGUUAUUCUGGGACUCGGGAUAGGCCAGUUGAGCGUCACGGUGUCCGUGUGGCAAUCAGAAAACUCAUCGGCUAGUAAGCGAGGACGCCAGGUCAUUGCGGCUGGUAUCUUCAUUUGCGUCGGUUUUGCCAGUUCCAGUUGGAUCAACUAUAGCUUCGGCAAGGUCUCAUUUCAACCGGUCCAAUGGCGCUUACCUUUGGCCAUCCCCAUCUUGUUCUCACUGGUUAUCUGUUUCUCGGUAUUCGCCCUCCCAGAGUCCCCACACUGGUUGGUUCAGAGGAAUCAAAUCGAAAGUGCAAUAGACACCCUUGCCAAGCUCAACGGACUCCCCAGAAACAAUGAGCAUGUCCGAUCUGAGAUUUCUCGGAUUCAACGCUCUCUCGAGGUCAUCAAGGGCGCCUCACUCCGGGAUAUUUUCGCGAGUGGUAAGCAAUCGCGGCUUGGAUAUCGGUUAGUCCUUUGUAUCGUGCUGCAAACCCUCCAGCAGCUAGUUGGCGGAAACCUAAUCUCCAUUUACACCACAACGAUCUUCGAGGAUAACUUGCACCUCGAGGGAGACCUUCCCCAGUUCCUCGCGGCUAUCUCUCUAACAUGGAAGUUUCUGUGUUCAUUUAUCGCCUUCGCUGCCAUCGAUUAUCUGGGACGACGUGUGGUCUUUAUUGCCAGCGGAACGGGAAUGUCACUUUGCAUGACAGUGAUGGCCGUUGCGACAAGCUUUCCUGCUUCAAACCAAGCUGCCUCGAUAGUUGCUGCGAUUGCACCUGUACACCUUCGAGUUGCCAUGUCGUCCAUAUCGACGGCGAACCACUGGCUGUGGAACUUCAUAAUCACCAUGAUUACGCCGGUAGCGUUGUCUAGUAUUGGCUGGAAAUAUUAUAUUGUCUUCGCUGUUCUGUCUGCCAGUGUCCCCGUGAUUACGAUGAAUCGCAACCUCGAACUGAUUGAUCUCGUCUUCAGAGAAGCUGCAACAAUCUGGGAUAUCGUUCCGAUAGCUCGGUGUCUUCCAAAUGGUGAUGCUCGAACAGAGGUCGAAUUAUCUGGCGAGAAAGAUGCUGAGAUUGGUCGGGUCGAACAGAGGGAAGUUGCUUAA